UGACGUGUCCGGGAACUUCCCGAACAGUCUAUGUCACAAGCGUGGUAGACACCGAUAUAUAUCUGACGUAAUGUCUGAUAAUACUACACGUCUUUAAUAUUGUGUGUCUGACUAGGAAUCACAGAAGUGCUGAUGAUGCAGGAAUUUUCUUGAUUUCCAAUGACGCUCCCUGUGAGCCGACAGUGGCCAUGCCAUUGGCAGUACUGGUAGAGAAAGCUCUAGACACCGGCUCACUCUCCAUGAAUGAACACGUGGGGAGUCUCGUCACACACAUACACCGCGGUAUCUCUCCAGCACUGCGCCUAAAACGUCAACUAGGAUUCGAAAGGAUUACUACAUCAUACCUUUUUGUGGAAAGAAAUGGAGACAUAAUGUGAAAAUAUUAUUCACUGUUUUUCAAUGUUGUUGUAGGAUUGUACUUUUCGAAGCGGUGGGGCUUUUUCCGCGUGAGUCACCUUGUUUGUUUAAUUUGUGAUAACAUUUUAAAAAUAGUCGCACACUGUUUAUGACGUGUGUUGGGACUACCUGGUCGUGUGGUUAGUUAUUCCGUAUGUCAGAGUCGGGGGACACCCUUUCCUGGCACUGGUGGGGACGACGGCGAUAUGGGUGGACCUACGUACGCUGGGAAACAGCGGGCAGCAUCUAGUGUCGUCAGAUGGUCAACAGUGGACGUAACAUGUACAGUUUUCUUGCUAAUGAUUUGUUUUACCUGUACAGAAACGACGGACUGUGGGACGUGUGUUUCCGCAAACAUCAUGGAAGUACAGAAGGAAUGUCUUGACGUAAUAGUUAAGUUUGAGGAGGCGAUAAGCGCGGUCGACAACGUUACUGCAAUUUGCAAGUCGUUGGUACAGAUGUAUUAUUGUGUGGGUGAACUCGUGCCGCAAUGUAUCCUGAACUUCACCACCACCUACAAAGCUUUCCAUCAGUCCCCACACGACUGUCAUAUUUCCACAGAGGCUAUGACCAAACUGCAAAAGUACAGACUCAACGCCAACUGUAACAUGUCCGGUACCCUGUCAUCCAUACCGUCACAAACAACCGUCGAAAUGACUUCACAAUCAGAGGAAAUAUCGACGGCUUCCACGUCCAGUAGACGGGACAUAAAUACAGCAUCAGGAACACCGACAGGUGCGCUUGUUUAUGUCGUAUCGCUGAGUUUAUUGGUGAUUAUUUGGACAUUUUUCGUCUCUACGUUGACAUGAUACCUAGUGGAUUACAGAUUUCCAGUACUGUUAUACGAAAGUGUCGAUCAGUGCCAAACAUGUAUGUGAAUGUGAUCACCUGGUGGCUAGAGCUGUCGUGUUACUACAACAAUUAUUCACCUCUGCAACAAGCGUAUGCGUGACAGCUGUUAAAGUGACUGGGGCGAAAUUGUACUACAAUUCAUUACCUGCCUCGCAGUUACUACGAGGCAGAUGAAUCGCUUUUGACAAAUUUAAGUCAUGUUUUAAUUGUAUAUGCAUUGUUAUAAUGAGCUGUCUUUUAGCAUGAUAAGCUUUUCGAUGAUGAAUAGGUAUUCUAGCUCUACCUUAUUUUGGUGAUUUCGAAAUCAGUAUAAGCAUUUUUAUUCAUAGGUAGUAUCACUGAAAAUGUUUUACUUUUCGACGAAUUCAUGUUAUUUAAUAUAUUUGCUUAUCUUAUCAAUUGACCAAUCAAAACAGUUGUUGUUUCGUAUUUUUGUACGGUGUGAGAGUGUGUGGAGUAAACGCUUUGCUACAAAUAGAAGGUUGUAAUGAAUGUAGCUGUUAUUGGGAACAGAUCAGAACUAUAAAGGACCAAAAAUACAUGCUUAAUUAUUGUAGGCCAGGAAGCUCAAAUGGUAAGACCGUCCGUCUAGAGUUCGGGGGUCCCGGGUUUGAGUCCCAGUCUGGUCGCUGCAUUUGUCCUAUCUUGUUACAAAUAAUAUUUGAAACCAGUACAUGUACUUUUCGGAUAUAUUUUCAAAUAAUGGCACCUCAUUUGUUAAUACAGAUUUUGUUAGAACAGGUCAUACUUUGAUUUAGACGAUGGUUUAUACAGAUACACUUCCGGAUGUAUGAAUAUAGCACAUUUAAUUUUCGAUAUUUUAUUAUUCUUUUAAUGUCCGAAACGGUAGCGUUUUUGUUGACAUUUUUUUAGAAUAUGAAAUAGUGUUUUAAAAUCCUAUUAUGUUCCAGUAUCAAAUUGUUUACAAACAACUCUAAAAUGACCUACAUAUUCAAUUAAAUGUUUACAGGUCGACACAUUAACUCGUUCGAAAUAAAAACAUAGCACUUUAAUGGAUAUAUAUGUUUGAGUACGACUGAAUUUAAAUCAAUAAAGGGGUAUUUCUAUGUUUAAAAGUUUUAAUUAGAUAAGAUUAUGUUAUCACUAAAGACGAUAUAUAUUUUAGACUAUCUAUGUACUUGUGUGUUAAGUUGUGAGCUGUUCAAAUGAAUGACAGUCAUAUCCGGAUGUUCAGUGCAAUGAUAUAUGGCACAGACAAAUAACGUUUUUAAGUGAAUGUUUGUUACGAAAUAUUUGCGUAAUGUAGUCAACAUUUUUUUAGUAAUGAUUAACUUGUUUUUUUACUCUUCUAUCUUUGUUUGUAUAGAGAGACAUUGUAAACAGCCUUAUGUAGAGUGAUAACACAAGCUUUGAAUGCAGAUAAUGUUAUUACAUGUACAUGUUAUUUAUGUUUUUGCAUAUUCAUAAUAUAGACCGUUAAUUUUCUUUUGUUUAUUCUAUAUCAAUAAUUUAUCAUUCGUUAAUUUUAUCACCAGAAUUUAUGUAAAUUCAAAAGAAUGGUACUGCUGAAUGAAUGAAUGAAUGAAUGAAUGAAUUGAUAGAUUAAUCUUUUGAGUUACUUCUGACACCUAAAUAAACAGAAAUCCAUGAAAAGCGUUUGGAACACUAUUGAUGUUUGUAUACAUGAUCAUUAUCAUAACAGUCCAAUUGAAUAUGAUGUCAUUGCCCUUAAUGUUAGCAUUGCCCUUACCGUAUGAGCAAAUAAGUGGGAAAUGUUCUUUCUGACCUAAUUGUUCGAUUAAAGAAAUAACAAAGAAAAAUCAAAAAGUUCAAAAAAGCAUCUCGGGAGCUUCUGGAUUAACUAUGUGAAUGUUAUGAAUUUCGAGAUGCGGUGUUUAAGGACAUUAUAUAUAUAUAUGUGUAUGUAUUAAUUAAAUUUCUAUUGAUUAUCGUUAGAAGAAUUUACAAUUUGACAUAAGUCAGGAAGGAUAUCCCCGCGGCAGUCUGCCAAAACAAGAUACAGACAAGUAUUUACCGAGAGGUUAACCAAAGUUUAGUAAAAGAAUACGUUAUAUGUACUCCAUACAUAUAUUUGAUUUCGUUUGAUUGACACAGUGUAUAUAAAAUUGAUUUAUGUGCUUUCGGUUCUGCUGCUAUUAGCAUUGUAUGUAUAAAUGGGAACUGGUCUUUAUCACGUGAUAUUCGUUGUAGCUGUACGUUUGUGUUUUGUUAUUCGUUUUUACAUUCCAUCACUGUUAUUACUGUUGUACUUAAUGACCUCUUACAUCGUGUAUGUGUACACAUGCUUAUCCAUAUCAAUCUCGUGUUAUGUCAUUAAUGUAUGUAACGUGACUCUUGAAAUAUGCAUUAUCUAUAGGCUAUUCUAUUUGUUUAUUCAUUUUAUAUUUUAGCAUUCAUCAAGUACAUAACUAUAUAUUAUAGAAACACACGGCCAUUUAAAAGUAUAUCAAUAUAAAGCAAACAUAAAUAGAAAAUAUUCAAGUUGAUGAUUGAAGUAAACACAUAAAUAUGAAAAAUUGACCAAAGAAACGUUACAAUUUGCAAUUAUGUUUUCCUUGUUAUUGCAAAAUGCAGUGUGUUUUAAUUUAUUCUCCAUUUUAAUAUAUACAAUAUAAGCUAAUUUCUUUUGAUUCUUUUGAUUAAUUACCCAUUUUUAUCUAUACAUUUAUAUUUUAAAAUACAAUAUAGGCUAAUAUCUUGAUUCUUUUGAUUAAUUUCCCUUUUUUGUCUAUACAUUUUUAUUAGAAAAUACAAUAUAUGCUGAAAACUAUCACCUGUGAAUACAUCGGUAUACUUACUCUGAUAUAUAGAUGGUUCAGUUUGUUUAUGUUCUGAUGACAUAACUCCCCUGUAAGAUGCCGUUCUAACCUCUCAGCACUCCAUCAAGUGAGAUAUGAGCAUUAGCGUGCUCAGGAAACUGAGUUAUCAUAACAACACCCGAUCUAACCGUUAAAUCAUAAUUAACACAACUUUAACACACAUGCUGGGUUCAUGUUUUGCUUUCUAAUGAGGGUAAACGAUUCCGUUUGUACAAAUAAAACAUAAAAUGCGUCGGUCGAUAUUAACUUGGCCCUCGCCGUGUAUAAAGGAUUGUCUGAGAAGCGCCCCGGGAGUUACCGCCUAUUACUUAUACCUAACACCUAUUAACAUCAAAGGAAGGCGAUAUACAUCUGUUUCUAAAUAUUAUGCCAUAACCUCGAUAGUUUUUAAAAUCACUCUACUUGAGGGGCGCUGUGAAGAACAUGUUGGAAUGUUGUACUUUAACUUAGGAUUCACGCUAUGUUUUAUAGAACAGAGAUGUUUCCAAUAUCAAUUGGGGUACCAUUAGAUUAAAACGAACGUGUUAGUAUUAAAUAUAUAUCUCUCCCUUACCUCCUAAGGUCCCGGGUCACUCUGGCGUGUUCUAAUUGGAGAUAACUUACCUACAGUAGAUAGUCCACCAUUGGUCAAACACUGAAAAGACGAAAUACGAGACACAAACAUUUACACGAUCUACAAAAUCAGUAUAUUUCGUACAGUAUUUCUUUCACUCCAGUACAUAUAUCAUAUUGUUGAUAGGAAUUAAUAUUUUGAUUUUUUUUGUCAUAUCAUGUAUAUCAAUGCAUUAAUUGUUUCAUGUUUUUCAUGUUUAACAUUCCAAUACUACUUAUUGUGACCUUUCUCUUUGUUUUUACGUUUCCGAAUCAGUCACAGAGUUCGCUGCUGAAUUAAUCAGUGCAUUAUUUACAGAAAGUAUACGUUCUCGUCACACCUUCGAUGUCAACUAUGUCAGUUAUUUUUACAAAUUUAGGCUUUCAGUUAUGGUUGGUUUUAUUUCACUUCCAAACUAUUGUAUAAACCAUUUUGUCAAGUCCCCCUAGCAACAAAAUUGCUGAGUAGAAGCAUUAGAACAGUAGUCAAAACCGCAAAUACAUACAUAAGCUCCGUUGUGUUCCGUUAUAUGAUAUUGGUCAGUGUGUUGAUGAUACACUGUAAAACCUCUAAAUCAUCUCCAUUUAAUCAGCAUAUCUCCUUAGUUAUUCCGUUAGUCCUAAGGUGCAUUCAGGAUGAUUUUUGGUAACGUAUUUUAUUCAAAUGACACUUGGACAAACCUGUUUGGAUGUACUUUUUUGUAGCUGAAUCAUUAUAGAUGUUUACAAAGUGUUAUUAGUUCCUGUAUGGAAACCAAACUCAUAUGAGAUUUGUUCCCGAAAAGUUCUUAUCUUUAUGGAAACCAAACGCAUAUGAGAUUUGUUCCCGAAUAGUUUUUAUCUUUAUGGAAACCAAACCUGUUUGAGAUUUGUUCCCGAAUAGUUCUUAUCUUUAUGGAAACCAAACUCGUUUGAAAUUUGUUCCCGAAUAGUUCUUAUCUUUAUGGAAACCACACUCGUUUGAAAUUUGUUCCCCAACUGUCAGUUUUUAUUUGUAUACUGUUUUCACUUCCCACCUGUGUAGUAUCUUUCCUUUCCAUUGUUAUAACGCCGUUAUCUCCCAGUCCCUUUUCCCUCUUUCCUUUCCCUUGUUAUAACGUCAUUAUCUCCCAGUCCCUUUUCCCUCCUUCCUUUCCAUUGUUAUAACGCCGUUAUCUCCCAGUCCCUUUUCCCUCCUUCCUUUCCCUUGUUAUAACGUCAUUAUCUCCCAGUCCCUUUUCCCUCCUUCCUUUCCAUUGUUAUAACGUCAUUAUCUCCCAGUCCCUUUUCCCUCCUUCCUUUCCAUUGUUAUAACGUCAUUAUCUCCCAGUCCCUUUUCCCUCUUUCCUUUCCAUUGUUAUAACGUCAUUAUCUCCCUGAUCAUUAGCUGUGUCUACACUGUAAUACUGAAAGGUUCGUCAGGUCGACCGCCAUACAACCAAGUGGUUACCACGCCAUUUUUGUAUGUGUUGAUGCUUUUUUCUGAAUUACUUUAAGUUAUAAACAUAAUCAUAAAAGCUUUUGAUAAUUGUUCUGUUACUUCCAUAACCUUACAAAUACUUUAUAGUUGCACCCAGUUCAUCGCUUUAAUUGAAAUCCUUGUCAGGUUUGGUUUUAUACACCAGAUAAACUUCACACUGAAUACAUCUUUUUCUGUGUAUGAUAUCCGCUCCAAUCUCAUUUCUUCCUAUUACUUAUAUUUAAUUACGCUUGCUAACAAUUUGACGCAAGUACUCGAACAAAAUAUCUGUUUUAUUAUGAUUCGUGUUUGUAUAAUUUACAUGAUUUGUAUCCAAUUUGUUCUGUUUCUGUGACAACCCGCCAUUGUGAUUAUCCGGACGUCUCGUCCAAACAGAUACUGUGUGACUGGUUCGUGCUUCGCUCUGGUUAUAGUGCUAUGUGUGUUUGAUAUGUGAGUACGCGGUUGCACUGUGAUGAGAUCUAAGAAAAAUAAACUAUUUUAUAUAUA